CCAUAUUCUCCUCCUACCGGUAAAAUAAAGAACUAGCAGACGAUGAAAUGAGCCCUUGAGAGUUAAGAGAUGUUGCUAAUUUAUUUUUAUACAUUUUUCUUCAUUUUUUUUAUUGUUUUGUUCUUUUGGUGUUGUUGCUUAUGGUGUGCACCUGCUGAGUAACCUGCCGCAUGAGCUUUUAGCACACUCAGAUUGAACUUGGUGUUUUAAGAGGGAGUGAGAGAGAGAGAGUUUGUGGGAGAAAGGGAGAAAGUGCAAACGUUAAGUGCAAUACCGGGCUAACGCAUAUCAACAAAAAAGCAUGAUCGCCUUACAGGCGAGCUUAGCUGUUUUCGCACUUCUACUUUGGAUGGAAACGUGUGCAGAAAUCCUCAGAGGUUAUCCUUGUAUCAGGCGGAAAAACCAACUUUACUGUCCUUCGCCGGGAAAUACUUAUCCAAAUUCGACGAAAGGGGAAGAAGAUAGGACAGGCAGGGAGAAGAGGAGCAAAAGAGAUCGAAUUGAAAAAUUCAUUGAUGAAAAUAAAGCUUUAGUAAAAAGAAUGGUGGGUGAAUAUUCCUUCGGAAAUGAAGAUGAUAACAACACUCCUGCCUUUAAAUUUGACCAGUUUGAAACAUAUGAUGGUCAUCCUGUACAUAGUAGAAAUAAAAGAGCAAGAACGGCGUUUGGAGCGUCACCCAAUAAAGUGGACGCAUGCGAGUCAGCAGUGGAGAUUGUUACUCCAUAUUGGGCUUCGAAUAGCGCAGGAAAAAUUCGAGCCAUAGUCAACACACAACAUUUACAACAAGCAAUACAGCAAGAAGUCUGCCAGGCAGUGCAGACAAAAAAAUGCAACGGCGAAUGCAAUUGCGAGCAAAAAUACAAAUGGCACAGGCUCCUAGCGUAUGAUCCUGAUGAUGAUUGCAAAGGAAUAUUCAUGGACUGGUUCCUCUUCCCCUCCUGCUGCGUCUGUCGGUGUCUCAGCCCUCUGAAGCAAUAAAUCAAUUCUUGGACAGAUUACUUAUUAAACAAAUUUUAGCAUGCAGCACCAUACUCUGAUUCAAAUGAAUUUUAUUGGAGAAAUUUUUGAAUGACGAAAGAAAUCGCAUCUGGACCCUGUUAAGUUGCAAUUUACUUAGUUUUAAAUUUCUCAAUCUAUCCAAAAACACUUUUGUGUUCUUGAAAAAAAAGAGUUUGAUACCUGUUAAUCUAAAUUUUUAAAAUCAAGAAAUUAUUUUAUAAAUACGCUGUUAUAAUAAAUUAUUUUGGUCAAAAUAUAGUAUGUAUGUAUGUAUAUAUAUUGCCAAAUAGCGGAUCAGUACUGAAUUAGUAGAAAUUAAGAGAAAUCAAGCAUAAAUGAAAGUAGCGUACUGUAUAGAUAAAAUAAUGCAAAUUUCAAAAAACAUAAUAAGUUUUGUAUUAAAAUAAUUUUUUAGAAACUGUUGAUGCAUACGAAUUCAAGAUCAAUUUAUCAAGAAAUUCAAGUAUGUGAUCAAAAAAGAAAAUGUUUUAUCCCUUUGAACAAGAUUAGAUAAUUAUUACGUAAUGACAUACAAAAUAUUAACACAAAUGCUAGCCAAUUCAUUGGUGUUUUACGUUCUCAGAUGAUUAUUCAUAUAAAACUACAAACAAAUGAAUUAAUAAUCCAAAUAAGCUAAAAAAAAAUCAUUUUUGAAAUAUCAAAGAAUAAAAUACAGAUGUAACUAAUAGCUGAUAUAUUUAGAUGGUUUUAAUCCAAAGAAAAAGUAAUGUUUAAUGUUUUGAACUGCUUCAGUUAUCAGAAUUAAAUUUUUCAAAAACAAAAACAUGAAACGAAGCUCUUAUAAAGUUAAAUAUAAAGAUAAUUUCAAGUUAACUAUUUCACAUCAAAAAACUAAUUACAGCAGGUUUUAUCGCUGUUGAUUUAGAAAAAAUCAUAAUAUAAUCAAUUGUGUGUUAUCUACUUAUCACAGUUAUUUUUGCCACGUUAAAUUAUGUCUCAGAGUUUAUGCUGCAUGGCUUAUAAUGGUGCCAUAAAUUGUGCCAUCUAAAGAAACUGUACAAUUUUUUUUUAAAGUUUCAAGAUCAAUAUUUGAUUUUGAAAAAGAACUGUAAAACCAAUCCUACCGAUGAACAUUAUUUUCGAUAUUUAUUCUGAUAUGGAUAAUAUUUGUCCAUGUUUAGAAUAAUUUAAAGAAAGUGUGAUUGUUUUUAUCGCAGAACUUUUUGAUUCACUAUGUGAAAUAGUUUCUGUGAAUGCUAUUUUUUUAACUUAUUAAAUGUGUGUUUGUCCUACAUCAUUGCACGUUGACAAAACAUUUUUUCUUCAAUUGAAGGGCUUGGAUUAAUAUAAAUGAUAAGCCACACUGUUUCUAAAGGCAAUAUUUUUAAAUCAAACGGAUCCUUAAUAUUCUUUCCUUAUGUGUACAUUACAAGUUACCGAAAUAUCCUCCAGAUAACACAGAAAAAUCUUGCAGCCUGAUAAGAGUUUUUCUACCAAAAUACUUUUUAAAAAUGUUCUCCUGAACUAUUUGAAAAUUCGGCUUAUCAUUUUCUUACCCCAAGCUUUUCGACUACAUUUAUAUGCAUGGAAGAGUCAAAAUACGCAAAGCGCAUUUUGAAUAUGGUACCUAACAAAAUAUGAAAGCUCUUACUAUCUGUUUAAAGCUGCACAUAGUAGUUAUUCUAAGCUACUAAUGCAAAGUCUGAAAUUAUCAAUCAAGUAUUUAUGAAAUUAAGCUUAGAUCAUGGUUACUAGUAAUUUUAGAUCAUUUGUAGUCAUAAAUACCUUUAUUAUCGUAUCAUGAAUUAUAAUUAUUUGUAAUUAUAAUUAUUUAUAAUUAUAAAUUAGUACUACUUGUAAUUUCAAUUAAAAGUAACCAAUUACAUUUUACUUUCGUGUACCUAGGUAUUGUUGUUAUAAAAAUAACUUUCAUGAAUAAAAAGGUUUCCAGAAUGUCUCUCUAGUUUUGACUCUUCAAUAUGUAUAGAUGGCAAAAAUAUUUCUAUCAAUUUUUCACUUACUGUAAUAUUUUAAAAAAGAAAAAUGAAACCAUUUUGUAUAAGUGCAUUCAUUAAUUUAAUAUUUUCAUGCAUUUUCAUUGGUUUGACGCGCACAACCUUUUUCUUAACAUGAUUUAUUGGCAUUAAGUUGUAUUCUAAACGUCAAUUUUUUUCAUCUUUUCAAGAUGCACUUUGAAUUUUAAAAUCUCAAACAUUUUCUGUGUUACAUAUUAUUUCAUAGGAUUUUAUAAAGUUUGUUACAGCAAGCAUUACAAACCAAUUGAGAAUGAGCUUAAAUUGCCAUUUUUAGGAAACAACUGUGGAGUCAAAACUACUUUUAAAAAUUAUGAAGUUUCUGUAUUUUUAUGUAAAUUUCAUUUACUGUGCAAUGAUCAUUUUUAUUAAGCUUUAGUUUUAUGUAAGUAUUAGUUCCUAUUUUGUGUUUUUACAGUCUAAUUCUCGUAAUUAUAAAAGAUACCAGUGAAUUUUUAUGUAAUGACUGUAUUGAAAAUCAAAAUUCCUUAGCUGUAUAUAUUGAGCUAGUUGUGUUUUGUUCUUAAUAAAAAUGUUUGAAAUCUCA